UAUUGUAUAAACAGAUUUGAUCUAUCUAACUAUAUGACAGAACUGGAUCUCCAUCCGUAUUAUAGAAAUAUGAUGAUGGUCAAGUGGUAUUUGGCAAGUACCUAUCUUGGUACCUAACUUGAAUAAUUCAAGUGAGAACUAAGCCUGAUACGGUAUAGCGCGGCAUAUCGCUCUCAACAAGCUGUUCCUAUUCCAUCCGAAAAAAAAGUUGGGAGAAGAACCGCGAUUUUGAUAGCAACUCCAAAAAAAAAGGCUGACGGUAAAAAAUCGCUCUUCAAAUCCUCCCUCCCCCCCCAUUAUUAACCGCCGUCACCAACUAUACCCCUUCGCCAACCACGGUCACUUCUGAUCGGCUGGGAUUUCGGGUUCAAUUCCAUUAUAUUCCUCUUCAUCAGUACAAUCUCUCAGAAUGUCGCGAUACUUGCGUCCGGCGGCUAGGUUAGCUGCCUCUGUACGCACUGCCGCAGUUCCCCGAGUUGCUCCCCGGUUUACUCCCGCCUCUUUCGCCAUUUCUCAACGAAGAACGUUCGCGGAUAUAAAAGGUGUUAAGGAGUAUACUGUCCGUGACGCCCUCAACGAGGCUAUGGCCGAAGAGCUCGAAGCCAAUGAGAAGGUCUUCAUCAUGGGCGAGGAAGUUGCCCAGUACAAUGGCGCAUACAAGGUUACGAAGGGACUGUUAGAUCGCUUCGGAGAGAAGAGAGUUAUUGAUACCCCGAUUACGGAAAGCGGUUUCUGUGGUUUGGCCGUUGGUGCCGCGCUGGCCGGCUUGAUUCCUAUCUGCGAGUUCAUGACCUUCAACUUUGCUAUGCAGGCUAUCGAUCAAAUCGUUAACAGUGCUGCCAAGACGCUCUACAUGUCCGGUGGUAUUCAGCCCUGUAACAUCACAUUCCGUGGCCCUAACGGCUUUGCCGCCGGUGUCGCCGCUCAGCACUCUCAAGACUACAGCGCUUGGUACGGAUCUAUUCCCGGUCUUAAGGUUGUCGCCCCCUGGUCCGCCGAAGACGCCAAGGGACUUCUAAAGGCUGCUAUCCGCGACCCCAACCCCGUCGUCUUCCUUGAGAACGAACUUAUGUACGGUGUCUCUUUCCCAAUGUCCGAGGCCGCCCAAAAGGACGACUUUGUUCUUCCCUUCGGCAAGGCUAAGGUCGAGCGCGAGGGCAAGGACCUGACUCUGGUCUCUCUUUCCCGUACCGUUGGUCAGUGCAUGGUUGCGGCCGAGGCCCUCAAGAAGAACUACGGUGUGGAUGUGGAAGUUAUCAACCUGCGAUCGGUCAAGCCCCUAGAUAUCGAGACCAUCGUAAAGUCUGUUAAGAAGACCCACCGACUGAUUUCUGUCGAGUCCGGCUUCCCGUUCGCCGGUAUGGGCGCCGAAAUUCUCGCCACGACCAUGGAGUACGCUUUUGAUUACCUCGACACGCCCGCCCAGCGAAUCACCGGUGCCGAAGUUCCCACGCCGUACGCGCAAGGCCUCGAGCGGAUGAGCUUCCCCACCGAAGAACUCAUCGAGAAGUUUACCGCGAAGGUGCUACGUGUAUAAAGCAUGGGGACGAGAUGGGAUGGAUGAAACGAAGGGAAAACCAUAGAAAGAGGAGUUUGAGGCAUGAGCAAUGUACAAUAUUAAUCAUUUAAUGCCUGGACGAACUGUCACCCCGGAUUAGGUGUUUCGAAAAUGGCGGAAUCAUUCCCACGACGAAAUGGAUAUAUUGAUUUACACCAUGUUCUCUC